AAUUUGUUUGUUAUUUAAUUGUUGUUUUGUUUUUGAUUUACUAUUUAUUAAUGAAUCCAUAAAAGGAUUUAUUUGACGACAACUUUAUUAGUUUACUGUAAUUGACGUUAAUUUUGGACUAAUUUUUUGACGACAAAUGUCUAAAAUGGUUGACGAGUGCAUUGUCUCCGGCAUUGAGCCCAAGACUAUUGAGGCCAAGAAUCAAGAAAAUAAUGACCACUUUAUGUCUGGUGUUGUCGAAGGCUUUUAUGGCCGGCCGUGGACUGCAACCCAACGCAAAGACCUAUUCAUUAAACUCAAACGGUUUGGUCUCAACACGUAUAUGUAUGCGCCGAAAGACGACCUCAAGCAUAGGGCCUAUUGGAGGGAACUCUAUACCGUCGAAGAGGCGGAACAGUUGAGUUCGUUGAUCACUGCGGCCAAAGAGAGCUCUAUAGACCUGAUAUACGCUCUCUCGCCAGGUCUGGACAUAUCGUACUCGAGUGCCAAAGACGUGUUGUGUCUGAAGCGCAAGUUGGAACAGGUCUCCCAAUUUGGUUGCAAUGCUUUUGCGCUACUCUUCGAUGAUAUUGAGCCUGAAAUCAGUGAAUCCGAUAAAGAGGUGUUUCAGUCGUUUGCGAGCGCACAGGUGUCCGUCUCUAACGAUGUGUAUCAGAGCUUAGGUCAGCCCCGGUUUCUCUUCUGUCCGACCGAAUACUGCACUUCACGAGCGGUUCCCAACGUCCAGAACUCUGAAUAUUUAAAUACCGUCGGCAGGACUUUAAUGAACGGCAUUGAUAUCAUGUGGACCGGAUGUAAAGUGAUUACACAUACCAUUACUAUUCAGUCUAUACAAGAGUUAUCGGAAGUGUUGCGCCGACCGCCUGUUAUAUGGGAUAAUCUUCACGCCAAUGAUUACGACCAAAAGCGCAUAUUUCUGGGCCCCUAUAGCGGCCGCUCUACUGAUCUCAUCCCUCACUUGAGAGGCGUCUUAACGAAUCCCAACUGUGAAUAUGAGCCCAACUUUAUAGCCAUACAUACUUUGGCGCAAUGGACUAAAUGCAAGUCUGACGCCAAAUGUCAACUCACUUCAGUCAGCGCUGACAUCAAACUCGAAGCGGAGAGUGAUAACGGAUCUAUUGAAGACAUACCAAUGCAUUUAAGUCCCACCACUUAUCACCCAAAGAAAGCUCUUAGGAUUUCUAUCAAUGGCUGGUUGGCUGAGUUCAACAAAACAAAAACAGCUUUCGGUCGAUCAAACUCUUUCAUUCACUUGCCGUUAACACCGACUGUUGUCCCGACAGUCAGUUCUCUUCCCGAAGUAACCGAUAGUCUCAAUGAACCUAAAAUUCUGGAGAUGACUGAAAGUCCUUCGACUUCAUUAGCAGAUCCAGAAGGCAUUAGUACUGAUAAGAAUACCGAAACAAUCAGUACUAAUAAUUCAGUCAGUAGUGCAAUAUCUAAGGAUGUGAAUCAAGUUCUGGAACCAAUGGAUUGUAAUCCGAGUCCAAAUGCUUCUCCAAAACAUACAUUUGAUUCACAAAUGGAUGUCUCGAAUGUCGUGAAGAGUGAAACAUUUGAUUCGCCAACAGAUUUGGUUCAUAAGAAUAGCGCUAAUAGUAUUGACUCUCAAGAAGAAAUGCAAACCGAGAGUUCAUCGGAAAGCGAUGAAGAGAACCGUUGCAAUCAAUUGACUGUUGAAGACAUUUCACUUUUGGUUGAUUUGUUUUACUUACCCUUUGAACACGGAGGACAAGGAUUACAGUUUCUCAAUGAAUUCCAUUGGCUUAAAGCUAAUGGAUUUCUAGUGUCUGAAUACAGACGAAAAAGGACUACAGAUCCAGAGGGACCAGAAGUGUCCGAAUGGUACGAAAGAGCGGCUAAAUUCGACGAUAUGACUGCUUCUGUUGGACGACUACUCACUCGAUUGACUUUUUGCAAGAAUAGAUCUCUUCUCUAUGAUAUCUACCCUUAUGUUUGGGAUAUAAAGGGAAUCAUCUCUUUGUUGAAUUCAUACGUCAAAUGGCUCGGGUUUUCAAAGGGUUAUAAGGAUGCCUUUCAAAGUGGGGAACAGGAACCAUGGGUCUUCAGGGGAGGUUUGACCGGCGAAUUACAGAGAUUACUACCCGUUGAAACAGUUAGCGAUCUAUUCUUAUAUAAAGCCCCGGAAUCUCCUUCGAGUCAGAUCUACACAAUUAGACCAUACCUUCAAUCUGACGAGUCGUAUGUAUACGAUGUCUGUCGGAAGACAUAUGCUUUG